GGUUUCGUCGGCGAGACGGUAGCGGUGAUGCGCGCUACCGGGCCAAAAACAACCUAACCGAUGACUGUCGACAACACGGAUUACCACAAGGCAAAAAGGAUGAGUACCUCACUAACGUCACUUCAGCCAAAUAGUCAAAGCUUAGAAAGGCAGAAACAUGUUAGAACCACGACGGAAAGACUGUACAACAGUCUUACCAAGAAAAGGAAAGAUCCAAAGCAAACAAAUGUUCAAAGAAUGUGGAUAAACUACGAAGACUGCAAAGAUGACUUUUGGGCAGCUAUAAGAUCUAAUUAUGAUUAUAUUAUGGAUACUAAUUUAAUCGAUACUUGCAAGGAAGCAAAUGGUGAAUUGACAUGGGACGAAACAGACGUGUCGACGCAUUCGUGGACCUUGAAGGAAGUCAGCAAUCAAUUUUCAGAGCUUUACUCGUGGUUAAGAAUUCUUCAAGAAUUGGUCUAUUCUAAAGAAGAAAAUCUUUUAGACAAAAGCCUGCGUGCAGCUCAUAUGGAAGAGCUACGACGCAAGGCGUAUAGACGUAAAUUAUUCAAUGAGCAAGCGGAAAAGUUAAUUUCUCGCGCCCCUGCUUUAAAAGAUGAAGUGGCGUGGCGUGUAGAUCACUUGAAUGCAAAAUGGGAACUAGUUGAGCAAAUUAUGGCGCCCAUAGACCAACCAGUAUCUAGUCAACAAGAUAUAUCAGCAGAUUUUGAACGCGAAGUGAAAUGUCUAAGAAAAUGGUUACGAGAAAUGGAGUCACGUCUUCAACCUUUGAGCUUCCACAUCAACUGGACUUUGCCAGAACUGGAGGACAAAGCGGUAGAGCACAUGGUACUCCAACGAGAUAUAGAGGCGCACGGGCGUAUCGUCAGUUCGAUUGUCAAAUUGGGAGACAAAGUUUUCACGCAACAGCAGCAGCAGCAGCAGCAGCAACAAGAACAGGAACAGCAGCAAGAGAAGAAGCAGCAAUCCUCGCAGCCUUUGCGUAUAGUAAGAUCAUUGGAGCGACGUUGGCAUCUUCUGUUUUUACGCGCCUUGGAGUGGCAGUGUCACAUUGAGACCCUCGUAUCUCAUAUAAGAAAUAAGAUCGCCGUGCCUUACGGCUGCAGUAGCGACAGCGACGAGGAACCAGUCACGAAACAGCCCCGGCUCAGCCGCGGACGAUCGCGUGGCUCCGAAGCGGCGGAAUCGCCAGGACAGUCCGCUCGCUCGGCGCGUACCGAACGCGCCAAGCGCGCUGUUGGACGCCCAAGAUCCGAGUACUGCGAUCAUCCAGUCUCAAAUGAGAGGAUCGACCAGUCCGACAGCGACGCCUUUUCCGAGAAUCAAUCCAUCAGCGAAGGAUCGUAUUUCGAGGAUGAAUUGUGUCAACUAUAUGUGAUGGACGCAAGGUCCGACGAACCGGAAAAACGAGAGGCCACUAUUUCCAUUACGUCUAUCGCGAGCGAUCGAGGGGAAGAGGGUGACGUCGAGGAAAGCAAAGCGAGCGAUAACGAGCAACAAGACAUGCCGCCCACACCGGACACCGUACCGAUAACAACGUCGACGGUGGCGAUGCAGGAAACGUGCGACGAAAUCGACGCGGCAAACACCGUGCGAAUCGAAAGUACAGAAAAAACGAAUAACGGUCUACGGACGAACGAACUUGUGAAACGUGGAGCAACGGACGAAGCUGCUUCAUUCAACACGUCUGACAGAAAAUCAAAGAACUGUGCUACCUUCUACUUCAAGCACCUGGACACCGAUUCUGAGGCAGAUUGUGGUCAACUAGUCCAGGAAUCAUCCAACACGGUGGACGAUUCCUCCGAGGAGGAGUGGACUUACACUCCUGCCCGUCGAAACGGCUCGCUUGUCGUUUCGGAGCAACGAAGAACGAAUGUUGUGGUUCGUCUGGACUUUGGCGAGAGUCCGAAGGUCGAUCUCUCGGAAAAAAUGCAUUUUGCGCAGAAAAAAAGUGUAGGUAACGAAAAAGAAACGGAAGAUGACGCUCGCAAAGUUCAGCAAAAAGAUAGCGAUGAUGAAAAGAAGACUGAUAAAUCGAGUAUUGAAAGAUUGAUCAAAGAAGUUGAAAACUUGAUCGGUGAAGAAAGACACACGGCCUCGCGCACUUUUUCGCAGCUAGAGUUCGAGGAGAAAAACAUAACGAACAAUCAUCGAGCUAAAUACGCGCGAGUGAAGGAAUGGUUGAAGUUGAACGCGUCGAGAAGUUAUGAGGGCAAAUCACAGCCGUUAGAUAGCUGCGACGCCAGCGGUGAAUACACAACGGAGGAAUCCGAUGCAGAAAGACAAUCGAUAUCGUCGGAUGAUUUGCAGAGUAGCGUCGCGACCUAUCGCCGAUUCGAAGGUGCUCUCGCUAUAUCGCAAUCCCCUUCGCAAGAGAUACUUGAUUACGUUCAGAAAACGCCUGUCAACGAGAUAUCUCCUGACGAGAAUACGCCGAAGGUCAUAAUGCGAUCGAGACAAAAAGCGAAAGGAUCUAGGCCAUGGAGUGUUUCUUGUAUCUCUCAAAUUGGAGAUAAUCAUACCUUAGCUCAGAAAGACAAUCCUAUUUUACCGUUCUUAUCUGAGACUGCUCUUCAUCAGUUGGUUGCGACUCUACCUACUAAAUCCGUAUCCUUCGAUGCUACAGGAUCACGGAAAUCAUUUAAUAAUUCCGCAUCCACUUUAUUAGAAGAGUCUUUUAUGUGUUCGGACGAUCGCGUAGCUAGAAAUAUAUCGUUUCGCAGAAAGAAAAAUAGAUUACGUAAGAAGACUUUGGGCCGUAAAAGUGAGUCUAGUUCGGAAAGUGCACAUGCCAAUCAUCAUUCGGCGGGAAGCGAUGGUAGCUCGAAUCAGCAACGUUCGUCUCGCAAAAUGAAUCUAAAUCGCACAACGCAUUCAGUUUCGAAAGAAAACUGCCAUAGUCGUUCUACGACGCUCGUAAAAUCCGGAUCUUUCUCAGGCUGUACCGUCCAUCAACAAUUACAUGUAGAAAGGACGCUGCUUGUCAAUAAUCCUACUCCGCUCAGGCUACUUUGUUGCAAGUCGGUUGCUUCCACGUUGGAAACAGAAGGCGAAGAUCGUGAUUGUGCUCAAGGACACUUUGCUUACAAUAAUGAUAUAUUGAGUACUGUGCUGAAUAGCAAAGAACUAAGUAAUCAGCAGUUGAAUAUAGACAGUGACGUGGAAAUGCACAGUCUCGGUAACAAUUCAUUAUCCGAACAGGCUUGGGAUAAUUACCAGGAGAAAUAUAUGAGUGAAGCUUACAGCGAGCCAUUAGAUGUAGAGACGGCUCGAGAAUUGUUGGAUUUUGGAGAUGAUUAUCGAAAUUUUCUCGAUAGUCAUUCAGAAUGCGCAUCCAGUAUAAGCGCAAUUCCUGCUCGUUUGCCAUUGCCUAAAACUCGCACGUAUCACGAAAUCGACGAUAGUACGGAAGACAGUGAUAAUGACGAAGAAGAUUUACGAAAAAUCGUAGAAAAUUCACAAGCGCAACUUAUACUUGCUGAAAAUACUUUCGUAAGAUCCAAUGGCGCGGUUCCUUCAGAACUCGCCGAAGUGGAGUCUGCAUGUAAAGAAAACUUAGGAUGUUUGCAGACCGUACUGGAAUCGCAAAACGGAUACUUACGAAAUGAAAAAUACUCAAAACAAAUUCGUGGCACGAUCGAGAGAUGGGAAACUUUGACAUCGCGAGUCGAACAGGCGCAAAUGGCCAGCUCUCUUCAUCGCAAAUUAGCUGCCAUGAAAACGGAAUUCAAAACCAUGUACGAUCGAUUUUUUGAUUACGAAAUCGGUCUGGAGCUGCCGAAUGUGCUCGACGAUCGCAUUAACGAGAUUAAUACCGAGCUGGCUGUUCUGAAGGACCGCAAGGCAGCAAUGGCCACACUGAACGCCUCCGCGCAUCUACUGACAUCUCCGCGUACCGAUCUCGGUGCCUCUGCGCCGUUAAUUUGUACAGCCCUCAAAGAUGGUGUGGCGGAUCUUUACAGGAUAUGGGACGAAACGUUCCAAAAAGGCACUCAACAGCUGUGCGUUUUGCAAGCUAUGCAGCAGUUCGGUAUACGCUUGGCCGAACUACAGUCCGCUCUGCAGAGAGACAAGAACACGUUGGAAGUUCUGGAUAUGGCCCUAGAUAUGCAAGCUGGUGUUACUUCAGAGGUUGCCUCUUCCGUUUGUCACGUCGCGCGGCUUUUGUCCGAGGAACAAGACAUCAAUUGUCAGAAUGAUGCGGUGCUGAACGAUGCAACGACGGAAGAGAUGCACUGUGGAAAAUUCGCCGGUAGUUCCGCGAGCAAUCACACGCAAGAAGGUGGUUCACUCUCCGACAGUGGAAUCUCCGACAGUGGAAGCGAUCAAGAGUUGAGCGAGCGCGAGCGCAGAUUGGCCGCGCUUCGGCGACUUACACGUAGCUUGGAGACUCAACUGACACCGGGUAGCGAGGUUCUGACCGACCUCUGGAAGAGAAUCGAGUACGCCGAGACUGAGCUACGCGAUUUGCAGAAGCAGUGCAGGGAGCUGAUCGUGCGUACGCAUGAACGAGCGAGUAUGGAUGUGCGUGCCAUCAAACGAACAGCCAGCCAGAUUAAUUAUCCCGCAGACAAGCGCAAGAGAACUAUCUGCGGUACAGAUACGUCAAAAAGCGACACGGAAUCGGUGUUGACGACGAGAAGCGAGACUAAAGACGACUUCGAUGACAAGCCGAUUUCCCAGAGUUGGGUGAGAAUCCAGCGAAUCGGCAAAGUGGCAAAAUUCUCUUUCGCCCUUCUGACCGUCUUUUUCGCUGCUGUUAUUUAUUUCUUGAGACCGUAUUGUUGCGAGGCUGGGAACACACUAAGUCGGUUCACGCUGCAAGUACGCUAUCCUAGGGGGCCACCGCCGGUAUGAGCAGGUAAUACGGCAGGUAUUCGAAAAAUAUCGACGUCAGGGAUCAUUACUGAUUUUUGACGAAAAUAAAUAAGAUGUGUAUAUUCUUUCCGCAUCGAGAAUCGUCGGAUUUAACGAUCCGACCGAGCCCGCGGCGUAAGGCUGUCCGCGGAUUUUUAGCAAGCGCGCGUUAUCGCGGUAUUAUGGAUUGUUAAUUUUAAAUUACCUGUUGAAUUCGGCAAUGCGUUCGAAGAGAUGAUUUGCCGACUUGACUGACUGAUUUCUUCACUGCCUUAUACAUAUAUCUUUAUUUUUAUUCAUUUAUCACACGGAUUAUAUUUACGGGCGAAAUUUUUACAAUAGUUCAUAACUUUUGGCCAUAAGUUACCAUGACGUAAACAGUAUCUAUUGGCAUAACUACGUAUAAUAGAACAAUGAAGAAGUCUUUGUAUAUGGAAAUUAUGAAUAUUCUAAUUGUAAAUCGAUGAGUAUGUAUUAUAUGUAUAUUUUUACUGGAAAGAAUGAUAGAUUCGUGAUUGAGCAAUUGAUUAAAUCUUUAUACAGAGUCUGGCAACGAAUCUCAAACGCAAUUAAAGAUUUUCUGUUCUUCUAUUUUAA